UGGGCGGUCGAGAGAGAUGGAUCAACUGAAUCCACACAGCGUUCUAGUGACCGGUUCCAAUCGUGGGCUUGGCUUGGAGCUGGUCAGGCAGCUGGCAGAGAAGACCAACCCUCCGAAAUGAAUCUUUGCCACUUGCCGGGACCCGGCUGGGUCAGGUGAGGAUCUGAAGAAUUUGGCUGCUGAACACCCACAAAUUGUCAUCAUCGCAUUGGACACAACUGAUCCAUCCAGCAUCAAGGCCGCCGCAGCCAAAGUCACAGAAUGCUUAAAAGGGGCUGGAUUGAACCUCCUGAUUAAUAAUGCCGGGAUUGUAAAUAUGAGCAGCCUGGAGACUGAAACACCAGAGAACAUGGCUGAGACCUACAGAACCAAUGUGAUUGGGCCCAUGAUAAUUGUCCAG